AUAUACUUGCUCAUAUCUUAUCCUUUCUUCCUACUAAACGAGCUGCUUCUACCUCAAUCCUCUCCAAAAGAUGGAGGACUCUGUUUCCACUCAUGAAUCUUCUCUGCCCAUCUCUCUAUCUAGACGACUCUGAUUUACUCUAUCCCGAGAGACAGACUGAAGAAGAAUCUGUUGUUCAUAAUAGCUUCAGAAAUUUCGUUGAUAAAACACUUUCAGGUUGUAACAACAAUUCCUUAAAGAAAUUCUCACUAAAUUAUGAAGAUGAUGAUGUUCAACGCAUGAGUCUUACCACCAGAUGGAUAUCAAAGGCAAUGGAAAAAGGCGUUUCGGAUCUUGAUCUUCGCAUAUAUAUGCCUUUGAUGUACGAGCCACCACGUCUUCUUCCUAACACCGUCUUCAUUAACAACACAUUGGUCAAGCUCACUUUAGGAACAGAGCUUUGUCUUGGUAUGGCUCCUUUGGAGUACGUUGGUCUUCCCCUGCUUAAGAGUCUCUUCCUCCACACAGUUUGGUUUUCAGAUGAUGCUAUAUGUGAUGUGAUGUUUGAUGGUUGCCCUGAGCUCGAAGAAUUAUACAUACAUCACAUUUACAUUGAAGAUAGAGAUCGCGAAUUCAACAUUCCUCCAGCACCUCAUUAUUUAGGCCACAACAAUAUCAAGAAACUCACUGUUGCUACAAUAAUGAUAUGGGGUAGUGAACAUGAACCCUGUUUAAAAAUCAUGAAUUCUAUCUCCAAUGUUCAAAUCCUUUACCUCUCUUCUUCUACUGUUGAGGUGAUUUAUGAAUGCCUUGAUCUUGAUGAGAUUCCAUUGUUUAAGAACUUGGCUACUCUACAUUUUGAGGGUAAUAAGGAAGAAUAUUGGAAAUUGCUUUGCAAUGUGAUUGAAAAAUCUCCAAAGCUAGAAACUCUGGUCCUUAAGGGUUUGUGCGGUGUAAGCGAUUGUGGGGUUAAAAUUGAUGGUGGAAAUGUGGUGAAGGUGGUUGAGAUACAAGGUAAGAUUUCUUUCUUUACCGACAAUGUUUAACGACUAAAUCAGAGACAUGUUUGAUUCUUUUGCUUCUUUCUAACUACACUGUGUUAUUGCUCUUUUGAGUUUCUCAAGCUCCCUUCUAAGUUUUUAACUUCAAAAAUAAACAAAUCUUUUCAUU